AAAAUCUUAAAAACUGCAAUAAAGUCAAGACCUCUUUAUUUCCCCGAUGCGGUUUUUUGCUUCCAACUUCAUUAGUUCAACUCUGUUCUGUUCUGUUCUUCUUCCCUCUGCUCUCUAUUUUUUCAUUAGCGCCAAUGCACCAUUGAGAUCCACAGAAGAAACUCAAAGCUUGAAUUGAAACCCAUUGUUUGGUAGCACUGUCCAUCUUCCAAUGGGUAACCGAAUGGGUAAGCUCUGCGUCUGCUCCUCCGACACUGCCGGAGAAAUCUCCGGCAGAUUCGACAACGGGAUAACCUUCCUCUCCGAUUCACAUGACAAAGCUCUUGGAGACUCCAUCUGCUAUGUGAGACCAGACAAUUCUCAGUUCUCCCGUGGCGGCGGCGGCAAUGUGUUUUCGGACGGCAGCGCCACCUUCGUUACUUUCCGGUCUGUGUCCGGGGCCACCGUGAGUGCAAACACGUCGUCAACGCCUUCUACCUCCCUUGAUGAUUCUCUUCAGCAAGAGACAGCUUUGGAUUCCUCUGCUUCAUUUGAGAGUUCAGGUUCCUUCGCUUCCACAAUAAUGGUGCCUCUGCAACCGCAACCACACGCUCCUGCUGAUGAAUUCUUUAUUCAUACCUUUCCAAAGAGCCCGUUGAAUAAUGGUGUCUCGAACGGUCAAAUAGGUGAUGAGAAAGCUUAUGGUUAUGAACAUGCCAAUAACAAAACAUGUGGGCCAAGUUUGAAGAAGUUGCUGAGUGGAUCGUUUCUCCCCAAGGAGAAGAGACCGAUUUUCAAGAACAACGGGAAUGCUAACGCCAGAGUGGGUUGUAGCACUAAUUUGAGUGACGAACCAAAGUUUCAUAACGUUGUUGUUGUUGAUGAUGAUGACGACGAUGAUAAGUGUAAUUUGUCAAAGGGGUGUCAGAACUUACAUUGGGCUCAUGGUAGAGCCGGCGAGGAUCGUUUACAUAUCGUGAUUUGCGAGGAUCAUGGGUGGAUUUAUGUUGGGAUUUACGAUGGAUUCAAUGGUCCUGAUGCCACUGACUAUCUUCUGAACAAUUUGUUUUAUGCUGUUUAUGAAGAACUCAAGAAGAUAGUGGGUUGUCAAGAUUCCAAAUCGUUGGUGGAUGGUGGUUCUUAUUUUUCCUCAAGUUUCAAUAAAGAAAACAAUCCAACAGGAAAUGGAAACUUGAAAGUAGAGAGAAGGAAUAGCAGAAAUUGCAAGAAAGAGGUGAAACUGAAUGCGAAAUUGAGUGAGUGGGAUGUUUUGCAAGGUCUUUCGAAGGCGCUGAGGAUAACGGAGGCGGCGUUUCUUAAGAGUUCAGAUGAGAUGAUAGCUCAAAAUCCGGUGUUGGCUAUGAUGGGUUCUUGUGUGUUGGUUAUGUUGAUGAAGGGGGAAGAUGUGUACUUGAUGAAUGUUGGAGAUAGCCGCGCUGUGUUGGCAACUCACGAUGGGAAUUCUCUUCAGCUUACUAUGGAGCAUAGCACUCAUGUCAAAGAGGAGGUUCGUAGAAUAUGGAGGGAGCAUCCAGAUGACCCUUCUGCUGUAACUAAAGGAAGGGUUAAAGGUUACUUGAAUGUCACAAGGGCUUUUGGGGCCGGCUUCCUUAAGCAGCCUAAACAAAACAAUGCAGUGUUGGAGACAUUCAAAGUGAACUACAUUGGAGACUCCCCAUACAUUACAUGCUGCCCUUCACUCCACCACUAUAGGCUCGGUCCAAAUGACAAAUUCCUCUUACUCUCUUCUGAUGGAAUUUUCCAAUACUUCACCAAUGAAGAAGCAAUUUUUAAAGUGGACUACUUCAUCACUAUGUUCCCAGACAUAGAUCCUGCACAACUUCUCAUUGAAGAAACACUGCACAGAGCAGCCAAAAAAGCUGGUAUGAAUUUCCAUGAGUUGCUUGAUAUCCCACAAGGAGAAAGACGACUUUACCAUGAUGACAUUUCUGUUGUCAUAAUCUCUUUGGAGGGAAAAAUAUGGCGUUCGACAGUAUAAAAUAUUCCCAUAAAACAAAUGGUAUAAUUAACAACUAAGUGACUAACUACACUUUUUUUUUUUUUUGUUUCUUUUUUAAGAUGUAACCUCAAAGAGUCAAAAUUAGGCAUAGCCAGCGGAAGAUAAGAGCUACCAGUUCAUAUAUUUACUUGUAGACAGUUCACAGUUGUUUAAAAAGAAAGGACGAGUUCUGUUUUUCGGCAAACCUCUACAUAUUGCAAGGGAUUAACGGAAAUAUCAAACUAUAUACAACAAAUUGUCAAGGAGAUCAGAACCAGGAAUUAGUUGAUAUGAGAAGGUAUAAUCAGUCAAUAAGAGGUUGAUACUGAAAGAAAUUUGUCCCUUUUAUUUCAAAUUCAUCAAGGUAGAGAUCUGUUAUAUAAAAUAUAAUAUAUGGCCCUAUACCGAAUCGAUGUUGAUUUUAUUUUUCUUUGUUAGUUUGGAGAAAAGUAAACUACUCUGACAUUUUCCAAUUGUUUUGUUGCUGUUUGGUGUCAGCUAAGGAAGAUCUGUGUAAAGUUUAAU